CUCUGGGUAUGCCGAGACACGCAGCAGCUGCAGUCGAACGGCCAACCAGGCAUAGGCGUCAUCGCCAACACAGCGUCCUACUCUGGGAUUCCAUCCGACGUGUCCAACCCACAAGCGCUGGUCCUCACCUCCCCACAGGGCUUCGGGUCCCUCUUCUACCAGCUGGAGGCCGACGAGUGCCCCGAGUUCGGCCUCUGCUCAGACAACAGUCGUUGGGUUGGUUGGCCCAACACCGGGCCCGUCGUCACCUUCGCGUUUAAUGGCGCUGUUUCUGCGUACCAGGUCCUCGGGCGCGUGCACCUCAACGGGCUGACUCAGAUCAACGACCCGGACUUCUCCCUGUACCACGUUACGUCUCAGACCGCCGACCCGAACACGAUCCCGGCUACCAAUGUGAGCGUCUCGGGCUUCUGGACGUCGGACGAGGUCGGGUAUGGCAACGACGCGAGCGUGGUCGCGAAUGGAUACGCAUACCUCUAUGGAGCAACUCCGAGCAGCGGGUUGGCCGUCGCGAGGAGCGCUCUGACAGGAUUCCUAGGCAACCUGCAGGACAAGAGCCUGUAUGAGUACUACGUCAACGGCCAGUGGCAGGCGGCCGUUCCGGGCAAGAACGACUCUGGCGUUACACUCGAAAACACGCGCUCGGCCCAAGGCACUGUCUACUUCUCCGACAAGUGGAACUCCUUCGUAUGGAUCGGGGGUGACGGGUUUCCGAAUGCAAACUUCUACAUCUCUACGGCGCCAAACCCUGAAGGGCCUUGGACAUCGCCGACGGUGUGUAUUCUUCUGAUAUGGACGUACUUGCGUUCGCUCUGA